AUGUCAAACCAUAGAAUUCCCCUGGAUGUAUUGUGCGGCAUAUUGAGUGAGCUUCCCGUCAAGGCUCUUCUCCGCUUCAAGAGCGUGUCAAAGGAAUGGUUUUCCAUGAUCAAUGAUCCCUAUUUCAUCAAACUCCAUCUCAGGCAAUCCAUGGAAACCAACAGAAAUAAUCUCAACAUCAUACUUAAAGAAAGAGCAUCCGGUAAACUCUUCUCCGUAGGCUUCGAUUCUAUCAAUCUCGACAACCCCAGAGAGCUGAAUCACCCGUUGAAGCGUCGACGAGGUGGAGUACUUGAUGAGGAAUAUUAUGAUUAUACUCAAGCUUUGGGUUCAUGCAACGGAUUGCUUUGCUUAAUCAACGACAAUCAAACAUAUAGGACAAUCGUGUUGUGGAACAUCUCGACUGGAGAUUACAAAGUUUUACCAGAUCAGUCGAUGGAACCACCACAAGCAUGGAGCCAAGUUCAGCAAGUGACCUUCUACGGAUUCGGGUAUGACUCGAUCAAUGACGAUUACAAGCUGGUAAUGAUUGUGCAGGGAAUUGACUACUCUGAGAGGUCUCCGCUUGUAACUGAAGUAAGAGUUUAUAGCCUGAAAACAAAUACAUGGAGAAGGGGUGAAGAAAUCCCUUACUACUUUCGUAACCUUUGGGGAAAGGGCGGGACGUUUGUUAAUGGAGCUUUACAUUGGCUUGGAAUUGAAGGACGAAAAUGGGAAUUGCCCAGUAUGGUCAUUGCCUUCGAUGUUGGAACCGAGAAACAUCGCCCAAUUAAGUUGAUCGACAACAUUGAACACAAUACAUAUAGCGUGUUUCUGGGAGCAUUACGAGGUUGUCUUUGUAUGAUCGCAACUUGUUUCGACGAUAAAGUGAACGUAUGGCUGAUGAAUGAUUAUGGGGUGAAAGAGUCUUGGACAAUGGUGUAUAGCUUCCAAGGAUUUUCGACUCCUCAUUUAUUCCCUCUUGCUUAUACCAAAAACGAUGGCAAACUUGUAUUGGAAAAGGAGGGCAUGACCCUUUCAUGGUAUGACGUAAAAAGGAAGGAGUUCAAAGACAUCAAAGCCCCUCAGUUGGAGAAUAUUAAAAUCUUUCCCCCUGAGAUUUGUAUGGAAAGUCUGGUUAAACUGGUUGAUUAA